CUUAUAAAAACUAUAUAUAUAAAGUUUAAAACAUAAGAUUAUAAAAGAGCUAGUGAUAGGAAGAUUUUUUUUAUGUACUAAGAAAAAUUAUAAAAAAAUAUCAAGAUGCCUGUUUCAUGCUCUACGCAAUGUGGAGAAAAUGCCAUUUUAAAGAGACCCAAAACUGGUGAUGCCUUAUGCAAGAAGUGUUUCUUCUCAGCAUUUGAAACUGAGAUUCACGAUACUAUUGUUAAUGGAAAACUAUUCAAGCCUGGUGACAAAGUUGCUAUUGGAGCAUCAGGUGGCAAGGACUCAACUGUACUUGCUUAUGUUUUAAAAACACUGAAUGAAAGAUACAAAUAUGAUCUAGAUCUUUUUCUUCUAUCCAUUGAUGAGGGAAUUACUGGAUAUAGAGAUGAUAGCUUGAAAACUGUGGAACAGAAUAGAGAUGAUUAUGGUAUUCCUCUUAAAGUUCUGUCAUAUAAAGAUCUAUAUGGAUGGACAAUGGACUCUAUAGUUGAAGAGAUUGGUCAUAAAAAUAAUUGCACGUUUUGCGGUGUUUUUCGAAGACAAGCAUUGGACAGGGGUGCUGCAAUAUUAAAGGUAGAUUGUAUUGCGACAGGUCACAAUGCAGACGAUAUUGCCGAAACGGUUUUGAUGAAUAUCUUGAGAGGCGAUAUUGCCCGAUUACAAAGAUGUACAUCCAUAAUUACUACAGGUGCAGAUUCUAUUAUGCGUUGUAAACCACUGAAAUAUGCUUAUGAAAAAGAGAUUGUCAUGUAUGCGUAUCACAAACAGCUAGUAUACUUCUCCACAGAAUGUAAAUAUGCUCCAGAUGCUUACAGAGGUCAUGCACGAGCUUUUCUAAAGGAUUUAGAAAAAAUAAGACCUUCAUCUAUCAUAGAUGUGAUACAUUCAGGUGAACAGUUACAAGUAAAAGACACGGUAAAAUUACCUGAGAGAAGAAAUUGUACUCAGUGUGGAUUUGUUUCAAGUCAAGAAAUAUGCAAAGCAUGCGUUUUGUUAGAGGGUUUGAACAGAGGACUACCAAAACUUGGUAUUGGCAAAUCUAGCAAGGCUAGAAAGAUCAUGAAUAUGGAUUCAAAUAUAGAUAAAAGAAGUAAACAGAAAAGUAUAGAUUUUUGAAAUGUCUUUUAUAUAUGUAUGUACAUCUUUUAAA